UUGUUGUGUUCUAAUCUUGUAGAAACGAGAUGAAGUUUAACUUCUUACUGUUUUGUGUAACCUUCUUUUGGAAAUUGAAAGUAUUCAACAGUUCAACCUUAAAUACAGAAUCCUUAGAAGAUGCCUAUGAGCCAGAAUUGAGAAUUGUAGGUGGUGAGGAAGUACAAAUUGAGAAAUUUCCCUAUAUAGCUCAGAUAUGUAUAAUGGCGAUAAGAAUUUGCGGAGGCACAAUAAUUAAAAAGAAUUGGAUUGUCACUGCAGCUCAUUGUACGUUUCGAGGUACUCUGCAAGAAAUAAAUGUUCGCGUAGGAAGUGAUUUGAAUUCAAAAGGUUCUGUUAUUAGUUCGAAACAGAAAAUAGAGCAUCCGAAGUACGACGACUCCAAUUUGGAUUACGACGUCGCCGUGAUAGAAUUAUCAGAACGUAUUCCUGACAAUAUACCAGCUAAACCAAUACGACUCCAAAGGAAGGGUGAAAUUGUUAAAAUUGGUGCCGUAGCUGAUGUCUCCGGAUGGGGAUUAACUAAUGAAACAGAGCUUCAAGAGCCUUUACACCUUCGGUCUGUUUCUGUUCCUAUAAUCAGUCAUAGUCAAUGCGCAGACUGGUAUCAAGAAGAACAAAUCAAAGAAUUUGUAAUUUGUGCAGGUUAUGAGCAUGGAAUGAAAGAUGCUUGUGUGAGUGAUUCUGGCGGACCACUUGUACAUUCAAAAAAACUAAUUGGAAUAGUAUCAUGGGGAAUAGGAUGUGCAAGACCGAAGAGACCUGGCGUUUAUACAUCAAUAGCACAUCCCGAAAUCAGAAAUUUUAUAGAGCAGAUAUCUGGUGUGUAACUAAAAACUCGAUUGGAUAACUUGGUUUCUGUUAUAAAUUUUUGAGAUGCAUGUUUAUUACAGUAUGAUGAUUUU